CUAUCCUCCUCUAUCCCGCGCACAGCCAGUCCGUCACCACCCGCCAUGACCGACUACGCGCAAACCUAUGCUCAACCUCACCCGCACCACACCUCGAUGCAAAACUAUGCCGCCCAGCAAAAUCCCCAGCAGGCCAACACGUCCAUCACCUCGCCCACGCAGCAGCAGAUGCACUCGUACCAGCAGACUUCGCCCAUCCUCCCCUCGCAAGGCUACAACAACCAGCAACAGCCCAAUGCCCAGCAUCACCAGCAGCAGAUGAGCUACGCGCAGCCGGGCUACAUGCCCAACAUGCAAUACGGCAUGUCGCCCACCCAGGCUGCUGCCAUGGCCACCGCCGCCGCCGCAGGCCCCGCCGCCGGCUACUACGAUCCUCAGCAGAUGGCUCAAGGCCAGCUCGCACAGGACCCUCGCGCCUCCCCGCGCAUGUCGGGUGGCCAGCUCAAGGACAAUCGCGUCACUCCGCGCUCGCCCACUGCUGUGUCAAAUCCCAUGGCCGCCGGCGGGCUCCCGUCCCAAGUCCAGAUGACGCCUACCCAGGCGAGCAUGCAGCGGAGGAUGAGCACCCAGAUCCCCAACCCUGACAUGCAGCAACCUCAGCCCGUCAUGAAUCACCAAGGUCCUCGCCCGUCCGUUCCGCCGCAGAUGGCCCCCCAGCCGUCUCAACACCAUCAACCGUCACCCGAGCUGGUCGCCGGCCCGGCAGCUGAGGAAGCGCCUCUUUAUGUCAAUGCGAAGCAGUUUCAUCGCAUUCUCAAGCGCCGACUGGCGCGCCAGAAGCUCGAGGACGCUCUGCGCCUUACCUCAAAGGGCCGCAAGCCAUAUCUACACGAAUCGCGACACAACCACGCUAUGAGACGUCCACGUGGUCCUGGUGGCAGGUUCUUGACUGCCGAAGAAGUGGCUGCCAUGGAGAAUGGUGAAAAGCUUCCCGAUAUGGAUGGCGGUAACAAGGAAAACGACAGUGCCUCCAUCAAGAGUGGUGGUGGCCAGCCCAGCUCCGCCAAGCGGAAAGCAUCCAGCACCCAACUCAAAGGCGCCUCGACGAAGAAGAACAAGGGACGGCAUAGCACCAGCGAAGAGGAAGACGACGACGAUGAUGCUGAUGACGAUACCUAGUCGUGGUCGCGCACCCCUGCGACCAACAAGAUUAUGGUCUUGAUGACGAUGAUGUUGCCGAUACAAACUCAAGCCGCAUCUCAUCGCCUCGAUGCCCCUCUUUCUUGUCGCUCUGCGUGUUCCUCAACCUUCGCCUCUUUUUCUUGCCACCACUUUUUAUUUUAUUUUUCACGAGUUUACGAAAGCGAGUACUUUCCUGGCUGGUUGCUACCUGCCACUCUUCUUCUUCUUCUUUGUGCUGUUGUAUCCUCUACUACUACUACCCCGGCAGCGUGCAUACAGCAUGCGACCAACCAAAAAAAAAUCCUCGCCACCAAUCGCAACCAUGCAACCUACAGACCCAAAUUGAAACUAUUCUUGUCAUUUUAGCGCGGUGGGCUGGGGAACAACAUUGAGGAAAGUGCUUCACUGCACACAUACACACACAUGGUCUUUCUCAUCAUUCUUCCUUUUCAGGCUAUGUUCUGGAGAAACAUUAUCCAGGCACCGGGGAACUGGGGUGCUUUUUCUUCGUCUUGUUCUUCUGGUUGAUUGGGAACUGAGCGCGGGGCACACUAC